CGGGCUCCGCUCUCGCUGACCCCGGGCCGCGCCGUCCCUCGGCCCUUUGGGGCGAGCGGCUGAGGGGUACGGCCGCCCGAGGUGUGACGGCAAGCGACACGAGUUACUCUUGGAGAGCGUGAAGAUAAUCUGUUUCAGCCACAUUGAGGAUCAGACAGACACAUAAAUGCAGUAUCUAAAUGUAAAAGAAGACUGCAAAGCCAUGGCUUUCUGUGCAAAAAUGAGGAGCACAAAGAAGAGCGAAGUAAACCUGGAAGCUCAGCAUCAGGGCUUAGAAAUACUUUUCUACCUGCAAGAUAAAAGCCCCAUUUGUUACACCAGUGGCGAGUUUACCUCGGAGGAGCUGUGCAUUGAAGCUGCCCAGAAGUGCUCCAUAUCUCCUCUGUGCCAUAAUCUCUUUGCACUGUUUGAUGAGAACAGAAAGCUCUGGUAUGCACCAAACCAGGUCUUUAAGAUAGACGAAAAGACAUCGCAUCGGCUCUAUUAUCGAAUGAGAUACUACUUCACAAACUGGCAUGGGACUAGUGAAAACGAACCCUCAGUGUGGAGGCAUACCCCAAAGAAGUCAAAGAACUCUUACGACAAGAAGCUGGCGCCGGAAGGAACCCCAAUCCUGGAUGCAAACUCAUUGGAAUACAUCUUUGCACAGGGUCAAUAUGAUUUAGUGAAGGGACUGGCACCAAUCCGUGACCCUAAAAAUGAUCAAGAAGUUCAUGAAAUUGAAAACGAGUGUCUGGGAAUGGCUGUGCUUGCAAUCUCUCACUAUGCUAUUAAGAAAAAUGUGAAGCUGCCAGAGCUGCCCAAAGAUAUCAGUUAUAAACAUUAUAUUCCUGAAACUUUGAACAAGACUAUCAGGCAGAGGAAUUUCUUAACCAGGAUUCGGAUAAAUAACGUUUUCAAGCAUUUCCUUAAAGAGUUCAACAAUAAAACCAUUUGUGACAGUAGCGUGUCUCCACGCGAUCUGAAAGUUAAAUACUUAUCAACAAUGGAGACUUUGACCAAAUAUUAUGGAGCAGAAAUUUUUGAGACUUCAUCUCUGCUUAUUUCAUCUGAGAGUGAAAUAAAUAGAUUUAAUUGUGGAGACGGUGAGAUCAUUCCACUCUACGAAGUCAUCGUGACAGGAAACAAUGGAAUUCAGUGGAGGCUCAAGCCAAAUUCUGUACAGACGGAGAAAGAGAAGAAGAAAAAAUCUGAUGGCAAACUCAAAAAGGAUGAAGACAGAUACAAAACCCGAGAUUUGUGGAACAAUUUUUCCUAUUUUCCUGAAAUCACUCACAUUGUCAUCAAGGAGUCUACGGUUAGCAUUAACAAGCAGGAUAACAAAAAAAUGGAAUUAAAACUGUCCUCACAUGAUGAAGCUCUGUCGUUUGCAUCGUUAAUAGAUGGAUACUUCAGACUUACAGCAGAUGCCCACCAUUAUCUCUGCACAGAUGUGGCUCCUCCACUGAUUGAACACAACAUUAAAAAUGGUUGCCAUGGACCCAUUUGCACUGAAUAUGCCAUCAACAAACUGCGACAGGAAGGGAAUGAAGCAGGGAUGUAUGUGCUGAGGUGGAGCUGCACAAACUUUAACCACAUCCUCAUGACAGUGACUUGUCUUGAAGGCCCAGAGAUGAUAAAUAAUUCAGUCCAGUACAAGAACUUCCAGAUCGAGGUGAAGAAAGGCGGGUACUUCCUACAUGGCUCAAACAGGUCUUUUGCAUCCUUAAAAGAGUUGAUGGAUCACCUGAAAGGACAAAUCCUUCGCACAGACAACAUCAGCUUUACACUGAAGAGGUGCUGCCAACCAAAGCCAAGAGAAAUCUCCAACCUGCUGGUUGCAACCAAGAAGGCUCAGGAAUGUCAGCCUGCUUAUCAUCUAGGGCAGCUGAGCUUCCAUCGAAUCCGCAAAGAAGAAAUAAUGCAGGGUGAACACCUUGGAAGAGGGACAAGAACACAGAUUUACUCAGGGAUUCUCAACUACAAAGAUGAUGAGAAUGAAGGAUAUCAGAACGAAAAAGAGAUUAAAGUGCUCCUGAAAGUUUUGGACCCCAGUCACAGAGACAUUUCUUUGGCCUUCUUUGAAGCAGCAAGCAUGAUGAGGCAAGUUUCUCACAAGCACAUCGUCUUCCUCCAUGGAGUCUGCGUCCGUGACUUAGAAAAUAUCAUGGUUGAAGAAUUUGUUGAAUUUGGGCCUCUGGAUUUGUUUAUGCAUCGGAAAAGUGAACUCCUGACAACUCCCUGGAAAUUCAAUGUAGCCAAGCAACUUGCAAGUGCGCUAAGCUACCUGGAGGAUAAGGAUUUGGUACAUGGAAACGUGUGUACUAAAAACAUCCUCUUGGCAAGAGAGGGAAUUGACACCGAAUAUGGACCUUUCAUAAAGCUGAGCGACCCAGGAAUACCAAUAACUGUGCUGUCCAGGCAAGAAUGUGUGGAGCGAAUCCCCUGGAUUGCACCCGAAUGUGUUGAAGACUCAAAAAAUUUAAGCAUUGCAGCAGAUAAGUGGAGUUUUGGUACAACACUGUGGGAAAUCUGCUAUAAUGGAGAAACGCCACUGAAAGACAAGACGUUGGCAGAGAAGGAAAGGUUCUACGAAGGGCAUUUCAUGUUGAUGACACCAUCGUGCAAGGAACUAGCUGACCUGAUGAAACAGUGCAUGAACUACGACCCCCACCAGAGACCCUUCUUCAGAGCCAUCAUGAGAGACAUCAACAAACUGGAGGAGCAAAACCCUGAUAUUGUCUCGGAGAAGAAGCCUGUUACAGAGGUCGAUCCCACACUCUUUGAAAAACGAUUCUUGAAGAGAAUCCGUGACUUGGGAGAGGGCCACUUUGGGAAGGUUGAACUCUGCAGAUACGAUCCAGAAGGUGACAAUACAGGAGAACAAGUGGCAGUUAAAUCUCUGAAGCCAGAGACUGGAGGGAAUCACAUUGCCGACCUCAAGAAGGAAAUAGAAAUCUUGAGGAAUCUGUAUCAUGAGAACAUUGUCAAGUAUAAGGGAAUUUGCACAGAAGAUGGAGGAAAUGGGAUUAAACUCAUCAUGGAAUUUCUUCCUUCUGGGAGCUUAAAGGAAUAUCUGCCACGAAACAAGAACAAAAUCAAUCUCAAACAACUUCUCAGAUACGCAGUUCAGAUCUGCAAGGGGAUGGACUACUUGGGCUCCUGUCAGUAUGUGCACCGUGACUUAGCAGCAAGAAAUGUCCUUGUUGAAAGUGAGAACAGAGUGAAAAUUGGGGAUUUUGGUCUCACCAAAGCCAUCGAGACUGAUAAGGAGUAUUACACUGUCAAAGAUGACCUCGACAGCCCUGUAUUUUGGUAUGCUCCAGAAUGCUUGAUUCAGAGUAAGUUUUACAUCGCCUCAGACGUGUGGUCGUUCGGGGUGACGCUGUACGAACUGCUCACCUACUGCGAUUCGGAGUCCAGCCCGAUGACAGAGUUCCUGAAGAUGAUUGGCCCCACACAGGGCCAGAUGACGGUAGCACGGCUCGUGCGUGUCCUACAAGAGGAGAAGCGUUUGCCACGUCCACCCAACUGCCCCGAGGAGAUCGACCAGCUGAUGAGGAAAUGCUGGAUAUUCAAGCACGAUAAGCGGACAACCUUUCACAACCUGAUUCAAGGGUUUGAAACAAUUAUGAGCAAGAUGUAAUUCGGUUUUUAUACUGUCAGUGCUUUAAUGGUGUGUCAAAAUAUAAAUACCCAAGGCCUUUCACUUUUUAACUACUGUAAUUUGUAUUCUGACUGUGCUAGUGUGUUCAAAGGAUCGUUUUUCCAACAGUUCUCCUUUUUUCUUUUUUUAAAUUCAGUCAACAGUUGGAUCAAAUUAAUUAUGAGGUAUGGCAGAAACAAUAGCUUCAACUCCUCUUGCACCAGUUACUGCAAGACAGUUUUCUCUUUGUUAUGGUCUCGCUCCACUCUGAACUAUCCUGAUCAAUGUGAGCUGAAAGCAGUGUCAAAAAUUGCUACAGUUCUCAGCACGUCUCAGUGCAACCUGUAGCAUUUAAAACAUGUUUGCUGUUCACGCUUAUUCUGUGAACCAGUGGAUGUAACAGUAGUCAUCCUCAUUUCUUGUGAAGUUCUGAGGAAGUUUGGAGAAAAUUCUGGCUGAUGAAUCCCCUCCCUGUGCACUUACAUUUCAGAAACAAAGGAAAAACGAAAACACUUUGGCAUAAAAAAAAAUCUUGAGAAAAAGAAAAUAAUAAGAAGCCAGCUGCAGCUCCAAGCUCUUAAAGAUACUUUUAAAGUGUUAUUUGAUUAUCCUAUUUCAAACAGUUGAAAAAAAAAAGGCAUGAAUGAGCAUGUAUAUUUAUGCAUUUCAUUGAGAAGCCCAGUUUCUGGAUCAAUGUAUUUGCUUUUCCCAGCCAGCCUUCCAUGCCCUCCUUACCCAUCUCUUCCUCCCCCCAGAGCUCUCCCCCCGUGAUGUAGCUAUUAAGUGUGCAAACACAUUGACCUCCAGCUUGUACUGCAACUAAGUGAGCUACAGUGCCAUGAGAUGUGCACGGGACAGUAAUUAACCUAGGGGGAGAGAAAAGACAAACCAUGCACAGAUUUAGGGGGAAUACUCCCCCAGCAAAGAGUAACUCGGUAGAGUUUUGAGCACCAGGAAAGCUUACCUAGGAGAAGGAAAGAACACUUUGACCCUACAAACGUCAUCUUGUUAUUAGUAGUGCCAGCAGAGGGGUGCACACAACACUUGUUUUUUGUCAGUGAACUUCCUUGGCCAGCAUGCUCGUGCAUUUUAGCAGUUUGUUCCUGUGAAGCUGCUCCCUUGGCGUAAGGUGACUGCUUUAAACAAUAGCAUUGGCCGUCGUCUAAUUUGACUUACAGUCUCCAGCCUCGUGUUUGUGACAUAUUCCUCUGAUCAGCAGGAGAGCACAGCCCUGUGAGGCUCCCUGGGACCACGCAUGUUGUAUUGUCAGGACCAGAGCUGGCAUUGCAAAUGCCACUGAGCCGCACUGCGGCCCCGUUCUGUAAGGCUGGGCUCUUCCAGGAGCACUGGUUUAACUGGAAACCUUUGGCUGACCCAUAUCCUACCCUUUGGGCAACAUUGUUUUUCCACCACACCUGGAUUCUGAAAGUGGAAAUAGUUCUGGCAAUAAUAGAAAGACAUCUUUAAAUAUCUAUAUCUAUAUAUAUAUUAAAAAGAAGUUGUAAGUAAGAGCGGCAACCAGGUCAGAUUUAUUUUUACAGUAUUACUUGUUGUUUUUUUUCCUGUACGUACGUCGUGUAUGAACCCGAUUUAAAUCUGUAAGCACUUUGUUACUCUUUAUACAAACAAAUCUAAUAAAGAUUUUUUUUUCUCCAUGUGAAUACA